GCGCCUGCGCGGCGGGGGCGGGCUCUGCCGAGCACUGAGCUUCAGCGGCGGAGCAGGACGUGUCCGCGAAGAUGGCGGGCCGGAGUAUGCAAGCUGCAAGAUGUCCUACAGAUGAAUUAUCUUUAACCAACUGUGCAGUUGUGAACGAAAAGGAUUUCCAGUCUGGCCAGCACGUGAUUGUGAGGACCUCUCCAAACCACAGAUACACAUUUACUCUGAGGACCCAUCCUUCAGUGGUUCCAGGAAGCAUUGCAUUCAGCUUACCUCAGCGAAAAUGGGCUGGACUUUCUAUUGGGCAAGAAAUAGAAGUGUCCUUAUAUACAUUUGACAAGGCGAAACAAUGUAUUGGUACAAUGACCAUUGAGAUCGAUUUCCUGCAGAAGAAAAGCAUCGACUCCAACCCUUAUGAUACUGACAAGAUGGCUGCGGAAUUUAUUCAGCAGUUCAACAACCAGGCAUUCUCAGUGGGACAGCAGCUUGUUUUUAGCUUCAAUGAAAAGCUUUUUGGCUUACUGGUAAAGGAUAUUGAAGCCAUGGAUCCUAGCAUCCUGAAGGGAGAGGCUGCAACAGGUAAAAGACAGAAGAUUGAAAUAGGACUGGUUGUUGGAAACAGUCAAGUUGCAUUUGAAAAAGCAGAAAAUUCGUCACUCAAUCUUAUUGGCAAAGCUAAAACCAAGGAAAAUCGCCAGUCUAUCAUCAAUCCUGACUGGAACUUUGAAAAAAUGGGAAUAGGAGGCCUGGACAAGGAAUUCUCAGACAUUUUUCGACGAGCAUUUGCUUCCCGAGUAUUUCCUCCAGAGAUAGUGGAGCAGAUGGGUUGCAAACAUGUUAAAGGCAUCCUGUUAUAUGGGCCCCCAGGUUGUGGUAAGACUCUGUUGGCUCGACAGAUUGGCAAGAUGUUGAAUGCAAGAGAGCCCAAAGUGGUCAACGGACCAGAAAUCCUUAACAAAUAUGUGGGAGAAUCAGAGGCUAACAUUCGUAAACUCUUUGCUGAUGCUGAAGAGGAGCAAAGGAGGCUUGGUGCUAACAGUGGUUUGCACAUCAUCAUCUUUGAUGAAAUUGAUGCCAUCUGCAAGCAGAGAGGGAGCAUGGCUGGUAGCACAGGAGUUCAUGACACUGUCGUCAACCAGUUGCUGUCCAAAAUUGAUGGGGUAGAGCAACUGAACAACAUCUUAGUCAUUGGAAUGACCAACAGACCAGAUCUGAUAGAUGAGGCUCUCCUUCGACCUGGAAGACUGGAAGUUAAAAUGGAGAUAGGCUUACCAGAUGAGAAAGGUCGACUACAGAUCCUUCAUAUCCACACUGCAAGAAUGAGAGGGCAUCAGUUACUCUCUGCUGACGUAGACAUUAAAGAACUGGCUGUAGAGACCAAGAAUUUCAGUGGUGCUGAACUGGAGGGUCUGGUGCGAGCAGCACAGUCCACUGCUAUGAACAGACACAUAAAGGCCAGUACUAAAGUGGAAGUGGACAUGGAGAAAGCAGAGAGCCUGCAGGUGACAAGAGGAGACUUCUUUGCUUCUUUGGAGAAUGAUAUCAAACCAGCAUUUGGCACAAACCAAGAGGAUUAUGCAAGUUAUAUUAUGAAUGGUAUCAUCAAAUGGGGUGAUCCAGUUACUCGAGUUCUAGAAGAUGGGGAACUGCUGGUUCAGCAGACUAAAAACAGUGACCGCACACCAUUGGUUAGCGUCCUUUUGGAAGGCCCUCCUCAUAGUGGGAAGACUGCUUUAGCUGCAAAGAUUGCAGAGGAAUCCAACUUCCCCUUCAUCAAGAUCUGUUCUCCUGAUAAGAUGAUUGGCUUUUCUGAGACAGCCAAGUGUCAGGCCAUAAAGAAGAUCUUUGAUGAUGCAUACAAAUCCCAGCUCAGCUGUGUGGUUGUGGAUGACAUUGAGAGACUGCUCGAUUAUGUUCCUAUUGGCCCUCGAUUUUCUAAUCUGGUGUUACAGGCUCUCCUUGUGUUACUGAAAAAGGCACCUCCUCAGGGCCGCAAGCUUCUUAUCAUUGGGACCACUAGCCGCAAAGAUGUCCUUCAGGAGAUGGAAAUGCUUAACGCUUUCAGCACCACCAUCCACGUGCCCAACAUCGCCACGGGAGAGCAGCUGUUAGAGGCUUUGGAGCUUUUGGGCAACUUCAGGGAUAAGGAACGUACCACAAUUGCACAGCAAGUCAAAGGGAAGAAGGUCUGGAUAGGAAUCAAGAAGUUACUAAUGUUGAUUGAGAUGUCCCUACAGAUGGAUCCUGAAUACCGUGUGAGAAAAUUCUUGGCCCUCUUAAGAGAAGAAGGAGCUAGCCCCCUUCACUUUGAAAAUGGACUGUUUGCAAACACACAGUGACCAAGGGAAGUGACCAAGGUGAAGAUGGCUUGUGAUCUUCACUCUAUUUACUCAAGAUACUGGACUACCUUCAACACGUGCUCACUCUGCAUGAUUAGUGCAAUAAAACUCCCUUCCUUAUGCUUUGAGAUACUCUGCUGUUUUGUGAAAGGUACAAAUUUGCUUUAGAACGCUGUGCUUACCUUUCUGUGCAAGAUAAGAUGAUUCCUUCUUCCUCAGUCUUUAAGUGUGGGAGACAUACUGUACUUGUGAACACUACACAUUUUAAGCUCUCCCCCCCAACACCACCCAAAAACUCUCAAUAAACAUAAUAAUCUUGCAAGACAACACUUGGCCUCUUAGAAGGAAGACUUUCUAUGUGUAAACCAGGAACAGUGAGUGAACAGAAGUAUGGGUUCAAAGGAGUUAUUUCAACUUCCCUGUGCUAACACUAAGGAUAAUUGGGUAUUUGGUUAAAAGUUCUCCCAGAAAACUAGUUAUUACCUUUGCUUGAAGAAACAGGGCUUUUAAUUCCUAAGAUGCUGUUCUCAGUCAUUUUCAGAGAUGUUUCCAAGUUGCAUUCAGGAGAUCUUGCUUAAUACAAAGUCAGAUUAAACUGUGGUGGCUGUGACAUCCCCUUAAUGUAACUAAUUUGCUCUGUGGUAAAAGAUAUGCUAAUCAUUACCAUUUGGUAGAUGUUGGUAAAAACUUGUGAAAGAUACGUAUGAAAAAAGCAUACACCCCUAAACAGAAAGGAGUCAUUAAAAUAGAGUAAUUUAUAAACCUCUCAGCACUAAUUAGUGUCCAACUUGGGUCAGUUCCUUAGUAUAUUAUUAAAGGCUUAUUAGUAUCACCACUUUUCUUUUUUCCUUAGCUUAAUGACUUAGAAUGUAUCCUUCUUUUAUUUUAAAUUAUCUGUACUAUCUAUCAUGUAAAUAAAACACUAUUCCCAGAAAAAAUGAACCACUUUCUAGCCCUCUCCCCUCAGUCCUCUAACUAGUCCAUUCUAAUACAUUUAACACAUUUCCUUUACCCUCUACACAGUUCUUCCAAAGGGAAGGAGAAUGGGUGGUUUGUCUUAGAACUGAGUUAGAAGGAAUUUAAUUAGGUCAUCAUAUUUGGUGAUGAGACUUAUGGAGCAUGCCACUCUCUCCCCAUUGCUGCUGAAAAUGCGAGGGCAAGCAAUCAGAAGCCAUCUGAAGGUGCUUAAAACAGCCCGUGAGGCUUGUUGCUACAGUGGCACUUGGGUGUAGCUUUGUCAUUUGUCUCCGUGGUAGAAGGCAAAUAUCUCCAUAUCUUGCUAUCUGUAUAUUUUUGGUAGACUUGUAUGUCAUAUCUACUUUGUUUUGGGUUUUCAUCCCUAGCUUGUUUUGUGGCUUUUUAAAAAGUGGAUUGUAUCGUGAAAUUCUGUGAUUCCUGGUGGCCAGUAUCGUGGAUUCCCUGAUCUGUUUUAGAUCCUUUCCCUUCCCAUGAAAGCAGCACACAUGGUAUUAACUUAUGUCUCUUGUUAAAUGAGGUUAAUGUCUUUGUGUUUUGUCCAAAACUAUAUUGAUAAAUAUAAAUAUUAUAUUGUUUAAUGCAAAUGAAGGAAUGCAAUAAAGAGUACAUAUACUUGAAAACA